CCAUGUCAAUAUGCCAAAUGGUGGCAAUUCUUAAGAAAGGGAAUUGAAGAAACUAGGCUUCGUCAAUCAUCUACCUAUAAUAUUGCUUUAAUAAGGACGGGAUUUAAUAUCUUCAUAAAAUCUGCCUUUCACUUCAGCGGCCCCUCCACUCGCUUUUGGUUAUCUCUCUACAGUCUUUUAGCUUUCGACCAUAUACAACUUGCUUUCAUUACAUAUAUUACUGCCUGAUGCUUCGUCCACAAUAGGAUUCGGCCGUGCCACCCUCAAUGUAUUGGUGUUACGAAGUUGAAGGCUUUCGAAAACCUGGUCAUUGGAUCUGAGAUUGCCCACAUGAUAUGAGCAAUUCAAAACUCGUCGUCGAGGCAUGGACAUGUUGGGCCAUAGCCGUCAUUUUUAUCACAAUACGAAUUUCUGCAAGACUUUCGAAAUUAGGAUGGAGAGAACUAAAGUUGGAUGAUGGUUUAAUGUUCUGCGCUCUGGUUCGUCGCCCUUGGAGAAUGUGGGAUACCGGUUCUGAUUUCAUUGAUAGUUCGUAUACACAGCUGAAACAACCUCAUCAUAUUAUCUCGUAGCCCGCUGGUUAGGUUAUUCGAAUAGUGGAAUGACCGACAAAGAACGCCAGACUCUGGACCCCAAUUCUCUAGAAUGGCUAUAUCGAGUUAAUGGAGCCAAAACUCACAUUUGGGAUUGGGUAACCUAUGUUACAUUGAUGUGGUUAUUGAAGGCUUGUUGGAUUGCCUAUUACGCUCGUUUGCUGUAAGAUCGGUUCUCGAUGUAUUAUUUGAAUAAUGACUAACACCAAGCUGUAGUGCAGCUGCUGAGAAAAGACCAUUGCGACGUAUCACAGUAGGAUAUGUGGUUUUGGGACUUACAUAUCUAUCAGCUAUUUUGGCAGUACUUUGUAAAUGUCUGCCAUUAAAAAAGCAAUGGCAAAUUUAUCCAGACCCAAGAAGUGAGUAGCCUACGAGUCGAUUCGGGAAACAUCCUAAUGCUAGAUCACAGAUCUAUGUUAUCCUGGAAAUUCCACCUUUCAAAUGGCUUUCAUUAUGUCUAUUAAUACAUUGACACAUAUGUAUAUCAUGGUCAUACCUCUUCCGGUACGUUUAGACCACCAACCAUCGAAUCAUCAUAUAAACCAUGGCUAAUACAAUCCAGACAAUUCUUAGCACAAAGGGUAUGCUAGCAUUUCAAAAAAUCUUCCUUCUAGUAGUCUAUAGUGGAGGAUUUCUUGUGACCAUCUUCGGAAUUUUACGUUUUGUUUCUCUCUUGGCUGUAAGUUCCGUUUCUACUGUAAUGAUGCCAUUUCCAUUUCUCAUUCCCGUCUCCAAAUUCCCUUCAAUUCAUCCCAAUUAUCCAUCUUCCCUUUCCAUGACAAUGAACAUCUAAAACCAGUCCAAACUAACCCGCCCUAUCUAGGCCCUAGGCACAACAACCUCAGCAGGCGAAUGGUCUCUUCGAGAAUCCUUCCUCGCAGUCCUCGUCACCAACCUUCCCAUUAUCGCGCCCAUCAUCAAACGCUAUAGCCAACAAGUCCGUAGUCAAUCUACUAAAAUCUCUUCUUAUAGAGGCACCUCAUCAUUCAACGAUAGCGGGGAUUUGGAACUAAACGAUCUAAAAGCUCAUCACAACAGAUCAAGAUCACGGGGGAAAAGACUAUCCCUCAUUUCGCGAAUCAAGGAAGUAGGACCUAGGGAAUGGGAUGACGAUGAAGUAAUUAUGGUUCCUAAACCCACAAGGGGGAGAUUCGGCUCAAGAACCGAAAGUCCCGCACCAAGUGAAGAUGUGAGGAAUGAAGAUAUGUAUAGACAUACGCACACGCAUGUGCCAAAAUGUUAUAAAGAAAAUAGCUCGCUGUCCGUAUCACAUCUGGAAGGAUUAAAAAGCUUGGAUCUGGUACCCAAAAAAGAAAAAAGUCAUAUGAGGACGACGGUUGAAGCGGGUUGGGGAGCAGGAAAUCAUAAUCGCUGGAAUCGGAAUAGGGAGAACGAGAGGGGAAAUGGGGAGGGUGAGGGAGAUGUAGAAGAGGGGACUAUUAGGGUGGUGAGGGAAUUUAGGUUUACGAAUACUGCUGCUGCGGCUUUUGGAGGGCCUGUUGCUGGUUGAUAGGUUGGUUUGGUGUGGACAUGAUAACAAAAUAAGGAUGAGUGUAUACGUGAAUGAGAAUAUGAGGAUACUAUAGGGAGGAAUUGAUUAUAUAUAUAUAUAUAUAUAUGUGUGUGUGUGUGUGUAUAUAUAAAAGAAGAUAAAAAAAAACAAUAUUAUAAAAGAUAAUAAAAUAUAAUCAUUGAUUCAAAACCUAUAUAUAAUAUACUCGUUUU